AUGAGCCUCGAAGACCGCGGCGUCGUCUCGCUCUGGGAGGGUGAGUGGCCGUGGCUCAAGUGGUGCGUGACGACCACGCGGCAGUGGGUGUGGCUGCUCGGCGCCGUGCUGGGCAACGUCUUUGACUUCGCCGGCUACCUCGCCACCGCAAAAAUGUACACAGCGCAGGCCGACCGCUUCGUCAUGAAUCAGACGUCGAUGGCCAGCGAGCAACUCCGCACGCGUCGCUGGAUUCUGCCGGCGGCGGGCAUCAGCGCCACGAGCGUUUUUGUGGUUGUGAAGAGUGCGCCCUGGGGGGCGUACCGCGCAUUUCGCAACGGUGCCGCCACAGCUGCGCUACUCACGUGCUUCUUGUUCCCGCGCGAGAUUGUCGCCACCACUGACUCCAUGUUGCCGUUCAGCACGGCCGGCUGGCGCAAUAAUGGGUACAGUGGCGGCGGGGGCACGGAUGCUGGGCCGAGUGCCUGA